AUGUCGAUCGAAGUAGUUGGUGAUGGUUUUUUUAUUGAUGCAUCACAGUUCAAUUUUCUAAUCGCUGAUAAUAAAAUUAUUGGAUUUCAGAAGAAACGUGAGUUAUUUUCUGUUUUUUUUUUCUACAGAAAAUAUAACCAUAAUUUUUUGAACUUACGAGAAAUUGAAUUUAUUUCCAAUCGUGAACUUGUGUUUUUGAAAGCAUAAAAAGUUCCCUGAUUUUUUCACGUAAGGUUUCUUUGUGAUAAAUUAAUUACAGUACUGUAAUUUCCAGUGCAACUAUGAAAAAAUUCAAAAAUUCUACAGUAAUCCCAAAAAAUGUUUUUGUGUGCAGGUUACGAUGAUGAUGGUCAUGAAAAAGAGUCUUGUUCUGUUGAAGGUGGUAUUCUUGCAAUAUUAGAUCUUCAAAAUGAAGAAGAAUCUCAAUGGGAAAUGUUGGAGGUAGAGUCUUGUUUUCUUUCAUCUUUUAGUAUCAAUCUCAAUCGUAAAGGGGCAACCCCGCACUUACUUGAUAACAAUUUUGCAACAACAAUAAAAAAGUUUUAGUUUCCGGCCUUCGACGAAACACCAAACUCUAUCGACACAUAUUUUACGUUUCAAUCGAAAGUUUAUUCGUUGAUAACAAAAUAUACUGGUGGAUCACAAAUUCAAAAAUUAUACGAAUUCAAAAAUAUAAAUGGAGAAUUUGUUGAGAUUUCUCUUGAUACACCGGAAGAAAUUGAACAUUCUGAUGAUACAAUUACACAAGUUAUUAUUGCUGAUGGACUUUUUAAAGAUGUUCGAACAUAUACAAAUAAACUUCUGAUCAUUUUGAGUACAGGAUCGACAUAUCGAAUUUUUAGUUUAUCAAUUGGAAAUGAUAAUAGUGGACAUGUUGAAUAUAUUGCAACAAUUGAAGAAAAUUCGGAAAGAGGAUCUGCUUUGAAUGCAGUUGUUAUAAACAAUCUUUUAUUUAUCAAUUUUGAAGUUGACAAUCAUUGGGAUAGCAGCAGAAUUUUAAAAUUUGAUCUCGAAUCACACAAAAAUAAUAUUAUUGAGAUUAACAGUCCAGAAGGUCUCCCUCCGUUUUCUCAAAAUGGUGCACAUUCAACUUGGUUAUGGUCACCAAUGCCACUUUGGGGAUUUACUACUGGAAUUAAUUUGAAAGGUAGGAAACAUAAGUGUUCAGAGUUAUAUGGAAGAUUCUCAGAUUCUUCAUUCAAUGGUGAAUCUUGGGCAAUUGAAGGUUUAUUGAAUGCUUCUCCAUUUUGGCACCGGCGAGAUUAUACUGUGCCAGAAGAAUAUGGUGGAUAUGUUUUGACGGAUUCAAUUUAUUUAGACACUUAUAUAAUUGGAAAACGCCAAACUGUUGUUGUUCAUAAUGUUUGA